AAUGGGUUCCAAUUUACCAGCUGCUCGGCAGGAAUACAUGGAGGCCCUGGUUGCAAGUUUGGUGGAAGGAGAGGUGUUGUCUGACUGCACCAGUGAUCAUCUGAAACAGCUGGGGGUGGACUUGAUGAAAGGAUUGGAGCAGAAGUACCGUCAUGUUGGGGAAGCCAUGCUUCAGACGAGGGGUUGCCUCGACAACCUACAAACAUUGUAUCUGGAGGCAGAGGACGAAGCCCUCGCACAGUUCCAUGCGCGCAUUCAGUCGGUCACAACUUCCGGUCACGCUGUGGAUGCCCAUGUUCACCGCAGAGCUAUUCAGUCUUGCUACACUGACCUUGUUAGAAAUAUUGACAUCAAGAACACCACUUUGUCAGAUGAGUUUGUCGCUCAAGGAAUCAUAGAUGCCGCGGACGCCGACUCACUGACAGGGAUAAAGUCAACAAAAGCUGCGAACGAAGCCUUCCUGAAACGAGUUUGCAUUAUGUUUGCAUUUGAACAAUUUAUGGAUACAUUUCUCCCAACUCUGACCCCAUAUGUGCCAGAAAGUAUUGAAAAGAAAUUAAGAGAUCUGACCGAUCCAGAAGUCUCCCGAUCAGUUGUCGACAGAUGCCCGGUAUGUCAGGUGAAAGCCUACGUCAACCCAAGAGACAUAGUUGACAAAUUGCUGGAGAUGACAGCCAUUUUACCCAACCUUCACACAGACCUAAAGAACCCGACUCUCAGUUCGGAGUCCAGAUGGGAACGCAUCAUUGAUGUUGUGAAACAACCAGGACAGAUCGUAGAGGCCUUGCGGAAUGUUCUGCCGUGUCCUGUCUUCCAGGAAUUCGACCUCGAAAGAGUCGACGCAUUCGUCUGCAGAUGUCCAACCUCAGAAGAAGAGAGUGGUAUGGCUGUUGAGAUGGAGGAUGCUGAACAGACAGUUCCAAAAAGUCAGCUUGGUGAAAGAAACAGUGGGACAGACAAUGAAGACUGCCAUGCCCACAGGAUCGGUGUUCAACGGGUGCAUCGCCUAUUGGUUACUUCCUUGCAAGACAAAGGGCCUGAAUUAUUUAAGAAGUUAGUUGAAAUAAAUGCCCUCAAGGAUUGCGACGUUGCGUCACUGGCAGCGAUGUCGAAUGGAAAGAUGCAAGCUGAGGCUACACUAAGAAUUGUCCAGAACACGCUUUCGUUUGGACAGUUUGUGGAGAAGUUCUUGCCCGUUAUAUCUACAUCCUGUCCCGAGUCAGUAUAUGGAGAUCUGCUCACAUCCGUUUGGGUAAGCAGGGCCAAUCUUCAACCUAUCACAUGUAACGUGUGCCAGACCAGAGAUAGAAUUGACCCCAAACGACUUGCAGAUAUCUUCUUAGAAACUGAAAGUAUCACCGUGAACGUGCACAGUGACUUGAAAACAAGUGGACUCAGUAAAGAACAUAAAUGGGACAUCAUCUGCAAGAAGGUUCCGGAUGACGUCAUCCUUGCAGCUCUGAAGGAACAGUAUCCUGGUUUCUUCAAAGACGCUCACCUAGCAGAUGUCACCAUGUUUGACUGUCACUGCGACAAUGGCACCCUAACCGACACCCUCACGGACAUCGCCUGCAUGGAUGACGUGGAAAGUGUUGGCGGUGCCUCUUUAACCGAGUCCCCAGAGGAGAUGGAUGUUGACAUGAAGAUGGUGGCACAGGCGACACGUUUGAGGUCUGACCAACAUGACACAAGAAUACAAGAGAUAUUUCAGUUGCACUGCAAUAAGUCCUCCGAGAAAACGGAAACUGAUGGAACACACGUGCCCGCUUCACGUGGACAGGAUGACAAGCACAACAAAAGAACAUCUUCGGACGCUUCACGUGGACAGGAUGACAAGCACAACAAAAGAACAUCUUCGGACGCUUCACGUGGACAGGAUGACAAGCACAACAAAAGGACAUCUUCGGACGCUUCACGUGGACAGGAUGACAAGCACAACAAAAGAACAUCUUCGGACGCUUCACGUGGACAGGAUGACAAUCGCAACAAAAGGACAUCUUCGGACAAAAGGACUACGUUUUACUCGCGAACGAAUAGGUCAACAAGCACCGACAGAAAGGCUGUCGUCACAUCUAUUGAUGACCUGGAACUCUAUGUCUACUACGAUCGGAAUGGAUUCUUCACACGUUUCUACAAAUAUCUGAAGGAUAAAUGGGCUCGACUUGCAGGGGCAGGACGUGAACAGCCGAGACUCUUUGACUUCGAUGCAUAUAUAUUGUAUAGUGAGGAAAGAUUUGACUUAGUGAGGAAGCUUCUCGGUCGUGAUGAACUUUCAGAAUUCCGGUUCUGCGUAAAAGAUCGGGAUUUCCAAGUUGGAUGUCUUAUUGUAAAUAACAUUUUUGAAAGUAUUGAAAAGAGUCGUACUGUUAUUGUGAUAAGAGAUAAAUGUCUUGGCACAAGUGAAUGGGAAGGAUUUGAAGCAAGUGUAGUAUGUCGAGCUAAUGCUCGGUUCAAGACAAGGGUUCUAAACAUUGUUUAUGACAACGCAACAAAUCCCAACAUACUUCAACAACUCUUCAAGAUAGGGCUCACCCUCUCAUUCCCACAGUCGGAAGAUAAACAGGAGUCAUUUUGGAAACGUGUUGCUAAUUUCUUACACGAUGACAGUCUUCGUUCUCCAUAUUUUUAA